CCCUAAUUCUCCUCUUAUUAGGGUUUUUCGAUUUUAGCGAGUCGGGGUUCCCCCUUUCGCGUAUCCUUCGAAUAUUGCUUCGAUUUUCUCUUAUUUGAUGUAAAAAUCGCUUUUCUUGGCGAAUUUUUGUUGUGGGUUGCAAAGUAGGGUUUUGAGGAGCUCGGUGUCGGUGUCGGUGUUGUUGAAAUUGAAUGGUAUGAGGAGGCAAAUGCGUUGUUCGUAUUCAUCGAGAGCGAUUUAUACGGCUAGUGAUAGCAAGGAAGAGGAGGAAUGUGUUGAUGAUUCUAAUGAGAUUCUAGGGCAACAUAAGGAGAGCAUUAUUAAGGAGGAUGUUGCAAAAAGCUAUGUGGAAAUUGAGAAUAUUAGAAGUGAUCCUGAUAGGCUUUACUCUAUGACAGUAAAGGAACUCAGGACACUGACAAGGAGAGUAGGUAUCCCUGCGAAAGGUAGUAAAAAGGAUCUUGUCUCGGCUCUCAUGUCUCUUCCAGAUAAGGGUGAAGACGGGAAGAAUACGGCCGCCUCAACCGAGGAAGUGAACACCAAGAAUCAAUCUUCGAAACGGAAAGCUAAAGCUUUGCCGGUUGAAGAGAAUGCUCAAGCUUCGACGGUUGUUUCUGAGGUUACUAGCAAGCAGAAAAUAAGUAGAAGAAAGCAAAAGAAAGUGGAGAGCACAAGGGUUGAGGGCGAUUGUAUAACUAGUACGACAGUGGAAGAGUUGUCUGUUAAGACGGAGGAAAUCAUUGACCAUGUUGAACCUUGGACAAUAUUGGCACACAAGAAACCACAAGCUGGAUGGGUUCCCUACAAUCCUAGGACAAUGAGGCCUCCACCUCUUAGCAGAGAUAUCAAGUCCAUGAAGUUUCUAUCUUGGAAUGUCAACGGAUUGAGAGCUUUACUAAAGCUGAAGACUUUCUCGGCACUUCAACUGGCGCAGAGGGAGAAUUUUGACGUGUUGUGUCUUCAAGAAACCAAACUACAGGAGAAGGAUGUUGAGGAGAUCAAGGCAACUCUGUUUGAAGGCUAUGAUAGCAGCUUCUGGACAUGCAGUGUUUCAAAGCUUGGGUACUCUGGGACUGCUAUUAUUUCACGAAUAAAACCAAUAUCAGUCAAGUACGGGCUUGGUAUACCAGACCAUGAUAGUGAGGGGCGGCUUGUGACUCUGGAGUUCGAUGGAUUUUACUUAAUAGGCGGAUAUGUUCCCAAUUCUGGUGAUGGUCUAAGAAGACUGACUUACAGGAUAACAGAGUGGGAUCCAUCUCUCAGCAACUACAUGAAAGAAUUGGAGAAGUCUAAACCUGUAAUUUUAACUGGUGACCUUAACUGUGCUCAUCAAGAGAUCGACAUCUUCAAUCCUGCCGGAAACCGCAGAAGUGCUGGUUUUACAAUAGAAGAAAGGGAAUCAUUUGAGUCAAACUUUUUGUCUAGAGGGUUUGUGGAUACCUUUAGGAAACAACAUCCUAGUGCUGUCGCUUAUACUUACUGGGGUUAUCGACACGGCGGGCGCAAAACCAAUAAAGGCUGGCGUCUAGAUUACUUUCUUGUAUCGCAGUCGAUAGCAGAUAGAGUUCAUGAUUCCUAUAUUCUUCCGGAUGUUACUGGAAGCGACCACAGUCCAAUAGGGCUGAUAUUGAAACUCUAAUGUUUCGUCUCGAGGAGCUCGCGCUAUUCUGAUUUCUGGUAGAAUUCAAGCAGGCUUCUGGUGAAGAGAUGAACUUGUGAUUCGCGUACGGGGUAUGAAAUCUCGUGCCGAUUUCGAACACUGGUUUUCUUUCCAUCGCAGAGUUCGUCGAGUUUCUGCUUUUCAAAACUACUUACCUUUUGCAGACUUUAAUCAGCGGUAACUGGGAAGAAGCGAUUCUUCGAGCUUAUCAGUCUCACAUUUGCCACUGAAAAACUGAUAUUGACAGCUUGAAAUAUGUAACUAUUCUGGUGAAUGGAAGUGUAAUUAGACUACUUAUUUGUGAUGUUUCUUUUCUUGUUAUUAUAAAACUUAAACGAGGUCACGUUUCAUAUAA